AUGAAGAGUCGGGCAACAAGGGAGAUCGUGACAGAAUUCGAAGAAGCGGGAAUAGAAGAGGAGGCAAAUGACAGUCCAGAUUUAGUUGUGGGUUCCACCGAUGCUGUUUUAUACGAACAUGAGGCAGCUAAUGAAGAUGCAGAUUCUAAUAGUGAAUCUCUAAGUGGACUCGAUAUUGAUGAUUUUGAAGUAACCAAUGGCAUAUCAAGCCUAAUGGUUAAUAGGUAUGAUUCUACGUGUGACCAUAAUGAGAAAAUGUUUAGUGUAGGCAUGAGAUUUGAAUCUCAUGAACAGUUCAAGAAUGCUGUGAAAAGAGCUAUAUGGAAAGCUCUUAGUGAUAUAAGGGGCCCGAUAGAGGAGCAAUAUGUUAUGUUGAGAUCUUAUUUGGCGGAGCUCAAGAGAGUUAGCAAGGAGGGAACAUUUUUUAUAGAAGUCAACCCAACAACCAAAGUAUUUGAGAAAUUUUAUGUGGGUUUUAAUGAGUUGAAAAAGGGCUUUUUAGCAGGAUGUAUGCGUGUCAUUGGCUUAGAUGGGUGCUUUCUUAAGACUGGAAUGAAGGGCAUGUUGUUAUGCGCUGUAGGACGAGAUGGAAAUAAUCAAAUGUUUCCAAUAGCUUGGGCAGUUGUGGAAGUUGAGUCCGAGGCAUCUUGGACUUGGUUUCUCACCCUCUUAUUCAUAGACCCGAGCAUGGGCACGGGUGAAGGUUGGACUUUUAUUAGUGAUCAACAAAAGGGACUAAUGAACGCAGUUUCAUGUUUAUCUCCACAAGCUGAGUAUCGAAAUUGUGCAAGACACAUAUAUGCUAAUUGGAAAAAAUUGCACAAAGGAGACGCUCUUAAGAAUCUCUUUUGGAGAGCUGUGAGGUGUACAUUUCAAGCUGAAUUUGACCUAGAAAUGGCGAAUUUGAAGGAGGAGUGCCCUAAAGGUUAUGAAGACUUUAUGAGGCAAGGCCCUAAGCAUUUCUGUAAGGCUUUCAUCAAGACAGGUACAAAGUGUGAUGCGGUUGAUAAUAACUUAAGUGAAACCUUCAACGGAUACCUUUGCAUACCAAGAACAAAACCCAUACUUAAGAUGCUUGAAGAAAUAAGAACUAUGUUGAUGGACAGGAUGGCAAAGAGAAGUCAGUUAAUGAUGGAUCGAAUAGAUCCAAUUUGCCCAAGGAUUAGAAUGAAGUUGGAGAAGACUAAGCUGGAGAGCAAGUGUUGUACUGCUAGAGCGGCAAUGGGGAAUAACUUUGAGGUUCAAGUUUUUGACAAUAGAUUUGUGGUAGACUUGGCUAGGAAGACCUGUGCUUGUAGGGAGUGGGAUUUAUCUGGAAUACCAUGUAAACAUGCAAUAUGUUGCAUUAGUUUCAUGAAGUUCGAUAUCAAUGAUUAUGUUGAUGAUUGUUUCAAGAAAGAUGCUUAUGAGAAAUGUUAUCAAUAUUUCCUCCCAGCCAUGAAUGGACAACAAAUGUGGCCCAAAGCAAAAAUAGGAAGACCAAAGAAGGCUACGGGUGUGCGGGACGGUACACGGGGUAGUAAACCAUCUAAUAGGGACUCUGCUAUCAUCAGAAAUGAGAGAGCACAGGCUUGA